CUCAAUGAAACUCAAACAACCCUUUCACUCCCUCUCUGUAAGCCACAUUCUCUGUCCAGCUCUCUCCUAUUAAACAUUUAUAGACUGUGUGCUUUUUAUGCUAUGGCAAAUAUGCAUACCAAAGAUUAGGAGGAAUUGUAUUUAGGCUAAUCUCUGUUUCGCCCAGGCAAGUCUAAACAUGCAUGUGUUGAUAAGGAGGCAUUCCGUCUACUCCAGUCAAGUGGGUGGUGUUUGUUUUGUUUUACACAGAAUUCCAAUUAUGGGACACACUUGACUUCAUCAUCCAUCUUCUGAAGUAAUCUCAGGUCAGGUUGAAUAUUUGUGAAGUCAUUGAGUCUGGUUAUGUGAAUUCCCAAAGAAGUGGGGCAGAACCUUGGUUAUGCUUCCUCUGCUUUGCCACAGGAUCCAUGACGCUUCUCCAUUACAAGACGAAGGAUCACUUGAGUAACGAGAAAGGCGGUGAGAGAGUGAGCCAUCCUGUUUGACCUCCGUGUGUGUGUGUACACUACAGCCUUGGUGUAAUUGCUCAGCCUUGGGUUUGGCCUCAGUGUUUUGCCUGCGCUAGUGCAACAUCAACAGUCUGAGUCCCCCCUCCCUCCACCUCUACAUCCCCUCCCUCAGUCUAGUCACACCACUCCCCCUCAGUUUGCCACACAGCUGGUGCAGUGCUGGGCACACACACAGAACCUUUGACUGUGUGCCGGGGAUGUAGAGCUCUGGUUUCAGUCAGGCUGCAGGCAGCCAGCACAGCUGUUGGGUCUGAGUUUCUUGUUUGCAUGCGGUGGCUGCCGACCGGCCGGGGCCCUUGGCAACGCUGAUAUCAGCUUCUCAGAAAUCUAGGAUGAAGACGUGAGGAGGAGAUGACACGCGGUGGAUCAGGGUUUCAACCUCAUCUUCACUUUGGGAUGUUUACCCCCCUUAUGAAAUAAACUAAGCAUAUCCUUUCAGGGAGACGAGGGCACAGAGGAAGUAGGACAGUGGAACAUUGGAAGUUGGACUUGCUAGCUAGGUACUCCAGCCUCUCGCCAUGACGGAGCCAAUGGUCCCCAGUAGCAGCAGCAGUGCUGGCCUAACAUGGGCAAAGAUGUGCAAGGAGUGUGGCCAGCAGCACGAGGGAGGCCAGGAGAACCACCUGUAUGAGUACCAGGAUGAGGUAGAUGACGAGCUGGUGUGCCACAUCUGUCUGCAGCCCCUGCUGCAGCCCAUGGACACGCCGUGCGGACACACCUACUGCUUCCAGUGCCUCAGCAGCUUCCUGAAGGAGCAGGACUUUUGUCCCGUGGACCGCCAGCAGCUGCAGAUGCACCAUUGCCGGCCCUCCAGCCUGCUGGUCAGGAACCUGCUGGACAAGCUGACCGUGCUCUGCCCACACCAAGCUGAGUGCCAGCAGCAGAUGCAGCGCUGCGAGCUGCAGCCCCACUUGCACAACAGAUGUCCUGUUUUCAGAAGGCUGAGGGAGGAGGCAGAGAGGAGGAAGAGACCCCCCUGGAAUGAGCUAAAGGGGAACAGGGCGGGGGGAGAGUCAGGCGCUGAUACCAAACAUACCCGUACCUCCACCCGGGACACCCAGCCCGAGCCUGGCCUCAUCAACCCUGCCUUCGAAGAGAGCGAGGACGAGACCUCCAUGCGGUCCAGCCUGGUGGCCGAGGCCAACGUGGUGGAGAUGAUUCGGGAGGAGCAGGAGUUGGGCCUGCGUAUUGUGGGAGGAAAGGACACGCCCCUGGGGAACAUAGUCAUCCAGGAGAUCAUUCGUGACUCACUGGCGGCCCGCGACGGCAGGCUGGCCCCAGGGGACCACAUUCUGGAGGUGAAUGACGUCAGCCUGGCGUCUAUCCCACACGGCCGGGCCAUCUCUGUGCUGCGGCGGCCAUGCCCUCUGCUCAGACUCAUCGUCAUGCAGGAGAAGGGCUUCAACCCUCGUCACCCGCAACGCCCUGGCCUCGAGCACCACACUCCCUCCUCCACCAUCAUGGCCACUGCCUCCCUUCCCUCUCACAGUCCCCACGGCACCGCCCACAACCAGGGCACGGUGAUCCAGGUGACGCUGGUAAAGAGGGAUCGCUCAGAGCCGCUGGGCAUCAAGCUGAUCCGCAAGUCGGAUGAGACGGGGGUCUUCAUUUUGGACCUGCUGGCGGGUGGGCUGGCGGCCAAGGACGGGAAACUAUGCAACAAUGACAAGGUGCUGGCCAUCAACGGGCAAGACUUGAGACAUGGCACCCCAGAGAACGCAGCACAGAUCAUACAGGCCAGUGAGGUGCGGGUGAACUUUGUGGUGAUGAGGCAGCCGGACGCCCAGGAGGAGGGGGGCAGUGGGGGAGAGGGGCAGGGCCGAGUGGCUAGGAGGGCUCCAGAACCCCAGUACUUCAGACGCCCCUCCACCUACAUGAAGGAUCCACCAGGGGGCUUCUCCAGCCAGGAGAAGAUGGUGAGUCUGAAGAAGGAGCCGAGACUCUCCCUGGGCAUCACCAUCGCCGGGGGGAGGGACUGCCGCAGCCGCCUGCCCGUCUACAUCACCAGUGUCCAGCCUGUUGGCUGCCUGCACCGAGACGGCACUAUCAAAAAAGGGGAUGUCUUGCUGAGCAUCAACGGCGUGGAUCUGACCCAGCUGACUUACAAUGAGGCGGUGUCGGUGCUGAAGGCCCAGACGGCUCAGGCCCAGGUGGUCCUCAGGGUCAUCCAGACCAUCUCAGAAGACCCAGAGGAUGAGGGGGAGGCCGCCAAGGAGGCCAUGGAGUCUGUGGAAAAUCCAAGGGAGGAUGACGCCAACUGGGCCCCGUUGUGGACCCGCUGGCUGGGGCUUUCCAGUCACAUGCACUGGUGCCGUGACAUCGUGUUGCUGAAGACCAAUCAGGAGAGCUGGGGCUUCAGCAUUGUGGGCGGCUUCGAGGAGACUCGCGGACAACAGCCGUUCUUCAUCAAGACCAUCGUGCCUGGUACACCCGUCUACCUCGACGGACGCCUCAAGUGUGGUGAUGAGAUUGUAGCUGUGAACGGAGCCACCACGGUGGGCAUGAACAACUCGUCCCUCAUCCCCAUGCUCAAGCUGCAGAAGAAUAAAGUCACACUGACUGUGGUGUCCUGGCCGGGGAGCCUGGUGUAGACACGCAUGCGUACGCACACGAAGAUACACACACACACACACACACACACACACACACAGACGCACAC